UUAUCUCCCUGCGCGGUGAAACAUUAACUGCCGCCACAAAAGCUGCCCGGUUGCAAAACCUCCGUCAAGGACGAGCGGCACCGCGUGUCCCCCCCAGCGCUGUCCCCACGGGGGUCGCAGCACCUCGUGUCCCGCCCCUCCCCAAAGCCCCGGACCGGACGCGUGGCCGUGGGUUGGGAUCCUGACGCCGUCUGUUCCUUCUCAGCCGCCCCCUCGGGCGGACGGACGGACGGACGGACAGACGGACGGACGGAUGGCAGUGGGCUCGGUCGCCGGGACCCCGGGAUCCCCGCGCCCCUCCGGGCUUCUGCUGCUGCUGUGUGCGUGGCUGCUGCCGCUGCUGGGGGCCGCGGGGGCUCGGGGGGAAGCGGAGCCGUCGGCGCUGCCCGAAGACGCUGCGCAGGAGCACGGCUAUUACCUGCAGCAGCUCUUCGGGCUGUACGGAGCCAACGGGACGCUGCCGUCGGCGGGGUUGGCGCGGCUGCUGGGCAGCCUGGGGCUCGGCAGGGUGCAGGUGGUGCGCAUCCAGCACGAGGAGAUGGGACACGGCCACGUCAGCCACCUCGACCUCCUGGAGGUGCAGGAGGAGCGGCACCGGCACCGGCACCCGGCCUGGGAGCACGGCAGCGGGGAGGCUGCCAGGGACCCCCCCCCCCAGGUGCCCCCCCGGGACCCCCCUCCCCAGGUGCUCCCCCCGGUCCCCCCCCUCCCCCCCUGCACGCCCCUUCUCGGUACCCACGCCCCCAGUGCUCCCCAUUCGCACCCCUCCCUCGUUCCUCCCCCGCUCCUUCCCUUUGAUAUCCCCCCCCCCCCCAUUGAGGAAGCCCCUGGUUUCCCUCUCACAGAUCCCCCCCAUGCUGUUAUCCUCACCCCACCCUGUGCUCCAUUCCACCCCCUCCCCGGAGGUUCACCCCACUCCCACCCUCACAGCCCCGCACCCACCUGGACGGAGCCCCCCAGUCCCAGGACCACUCCUGGGGGCCACAGUGCCCCCCAACCCCCCCAGAUGGACCCUUCCAGCUUGGGGCUGCUGGGCCGCAUGCUGGGCCUGGACCACUCCGGAUAUGACCACGCACACAACUCCUGCCUCAAUGUGACGCAGCUGCUGCUGAACUUCGGCUUGGACGCGGCCUCGCAGCUCACCCCGCAGCAGUUCACGCUGCUCUGCCCCGCGCUGCUCUACCAGAUCGACAGCCGCGUCUGCAUCCACCACCGCGACGAGGUGACGUGGUCCCCAUCGGGGGGGGCCCUGUGGCCAGCUCUGGGUUGGGCUCUGCUGGCCGUCGCCUUCAUCAGCGUUCCGUCGGCCGUGGCCGUGGCCGUGGUGCCGCUGCUGAGCCUCGGGCAGCUCCACGCUCUGCUCUCCUUCCUGGUGGCGCUGGCGGUGGGGACGCUCUGUGGGGACGCCCUGCUGCACCUCUGGCCCCACGCUCAGGGGCAGCACCAGGAGCCGCCGGCGGUGCUGCGGGCGGUGCUGCAGGGCCUGGCGGUGCUGGGGGGAAUCUACGCGCUGCUGCUGCUGGAGCUGCUGCUGGGAAUGCUGCGCCGUCGCCGUGCCACCACGGUGGGAACCGCGGGCACCGGGAGGGCGCGGGGGGCACCGCUGAGUCCCGCUGUGCCCACCGCUCUGCUCUCCUCCCAGCCCCAUCCCCACGGAGAGACCCCCGAGGCGGGCCGCGGGGGUCCCGGCCCGCGCUGCCAGGCGGUAAAGACCCCCCCCACCCCCCGGCGCCGUCGCACCGACACCGUCGCACCUCGUGCGCCCCUCUCCCCCGCAGGCGCCGAGCUGCGCCGUCUGACGGCCCCGGAGGUGGAGGCGGAACCCGAGGGCCCCCCCGGGCCCCACCACGGACACUCCCACGGCCCCGCUUUGCCCCCCAACCCCGCGGCCGCUGAUCUGGCGUGGAUGGUGGUGCUGGGAGAUGGCAUCCACAACCUGACCGACGGGCUGGCCAUCGGCGUUGCCUUCUCCCACAGCCUCCCCAGCGGCCUCAGCACCGCGCUGGCAGUGCUGUGCCACGAGCUGCCCCACGAGCUGGGUGACCUCGCGGUGCUGCUGCAGGCAGGCACGGCGCCCCGCACCCUCCUGCUGCUCAACCUGCUCUCGGCGCUGCUCUCCCUGCCUGGGGCGGCCGUGGGGGCGGCCGUGGGGCAGAACGCGGCCCAUCUCACCCCGUGGAUCCUCACCGCCACCGCCGGCACCUUCCUGUACGUGGCUCUGGCUGACAUGCUCUGGGGGGCCGAGGAGCCGCCGCUCGGCGAGCUCUGCACCAAACGUUGCCGCAGGAACGCGAAGCAGGAAUGGUCCGACUUUGGCAUGGAGGCGGCGGCGGAAGCUUCCCUCCGUCCCUCUUACAAUGCACUGGGAAACCACCACGAAUCUCGUUGA